AUGGCCUCCAGGAGCAAACUUAUGGAACAAAGGAACAAUGUGACUGAGUUUGUCCUCUUGGGGCUCACUCAGAGCAUCCAGGGCCAGAGAGUCCUAUUUAUUGUGUUCCUGCUCAUCUACAUUGUGACAAUGGUGGGCAACUUGCUCAUUGUGGUGACUGUGGUGGUCAGCCCCAGCCUGGAUGCCCCGAUGUAUUUCUUCCUUGGUUAUUUAUCAUUCAUGGAUGCUGUCUAUUCUACGACAGUCACCCCCAAUAUGAUUAUAGACUUACUGUAUGAGAAGAAAACCAUUUCCUUCCAAGCCUGCAUGACCCAGCUUUUUAUAGGACACUUAUUUGGUGGUGCUGAGAUUUUACUCCUGGUGGUCAUGGCGUAUGACCGCUAUGUGGCCAUCUGCAAACCCCUGCACUAUCUGACCAUCAUGAACCAACGGGUGUGUGUGCUUCUGCUGCUGUUAGCCUGGGUUGGAGGGUUUUUACAUGCUGUAGUUCAACUUCUGUUUGUUUACAACCUUCCGUUUUGUGGCCCCAAUGUCAUUGACCACUUUAUUUGUGACAUGUAUCCCUUAUUGAAACUUGCCUGUACGGACACCUACAUUAUCGGCCUCACUGUGGUUGCCAAUGAUGGGGCAAUUUGUGUGGUGAUCUUUAUGCUUUUACUUAUCUCCUAUGGGGUCAUUCUGUAUUCACUGAAGAAUCUCAGUCAGGAAGGGAGGCGUAAAGCCUUGUCCACCUGUGGCUCCCAUAUUACUGUGGUGGUUCUAUUCUUUGUCCCCUGUAUCUUCAUGUAUGUGAGACCUCCUUCUACUUUACCUAUUGAUAAGUCCUUGACUGUGUUUUAUACUGUUGUAACUCCCAUGUUGAACCCCCUGAUUUAUACUCUGAGAAAUGCAGAGAUGAAAACUGCCAUGAGGAAGCUUUGGACCAGGAAAAGAAAAUGA